AUGGAGUUCCCAUUUUUUCAUGGAAAGAUAACAAGAAGAACCUGUGAAGAACUGCUGAGCAAGAAUGGAAAGAACGGUAGCUAUUUAAUACGAGAGAGUGAAAGCGUGGAAGGAGCCUUGUGUCUCUGUGUUUUCUUUGAAGACCUCGUCUACACUUACCGUAUCUUCAGGGAACACCAAGGAUAUUUCAGAAUACAGACUUCUGAAGGUGUUCCAGCCAAGAUCUUCAAAACAUUAAAGGACUUAAUAUACAAUUAUCACAAGCCAGACCAAGGACUAAUAACAAACCUCCGCUACCCAGUAAAGAAACAAAAGGCCUCACAAACAAGCCAGAGUUUCAAGUCAGGAAAGAACGAAAUUUAUGAUGAAAUUGAUGACAGUGAUUAUGUUGACAUCUUACCCUGA